AUGACUGACGAAGCGCACUACGACGACCUCAUCCCAACGUUGCGUGCCAAGGAUGCGUAUCGGGAAUUUUCUCCCGGCCUCGGGUACCGACUCGGUCCGGGUCACAUGAUACUGACCGCCUCUUAA